UGUGACCUAUGCCGGUCGAGUUGUUUUAGGUCAGUCGGACAACAACACUGCUAACAGCACUAGCGACACUUAUUUUGUAGCUAACGUGACAUAGCGCUAAGCCUACUUGGCCAAUAGCGCGUAUUUACGAAGAUUUGUAAGUGCGUUGUGAUUUUGACAAAAAUGUCAGUUUUGCAAGGACAGAUUGGCUCCAUUUUGGAGAUAAUGGUUAGAGCGACUGUUACAGAAAUUAGCAAAGUUAUCGAGGGUUCUGCCUCGUCUGAAGUACCAACAACGGGAGAUAACGCGAGUGAAGCCCCAAACGAACAGUUUACCCAGUUGACCUCAUUCAUGGAGAUACUGGCAAAGGAGGCUGUGGACCAAAUCUGCAAGCUAUUCAACGAGUGCUCCUCCGUUCUGCAUCUGGAAGUGUCUCGGAGUCAAACUGAGAAUGAGGACUUGAAGAAGAGGCUAGAUGCGGUUGAGACCAAACUGAGGACUGUCUUAGAAGGGAGUGGAGGACAAGAGAACACAUCAGCCAAUGGCUGCUGCAGUGAAGUCAAGAUCAUCCACCAGUUAAAAGGCACACAACCAGGCGUAUGCGCUGGUGAUGCAGAAGUGAAACGAUCCCCCAUCCUCCACCUGUGGAAAGGGAGACUUCCCUCAACUGUAAACGAGCACUCCAACAUGGAGCACACGAUCGAGUCAGUUAUUAUCAAAGAAGAAGGCUUAGAAGAUUACCUGUACAGCAGCACCUCAGACCCAAGUUCUUUUUUAGAGAGCCAAGCCCAGGAGUUGAGUGACCCAGAGAACCCCUCAGAGGACCCAAAAGACAGAGGCGGCGCCGCAGGGCCAAAGCAUUUGAGAAAGCCAAAGAUCACUGGGGCUCGUCGGGCAAGGCCCAAAAAGGAGAAAUAUCUUAGCUGCAAGCACUGCAGGAAGACAUUCAGCAAACUGAUCCAGCUGAAAGCUCACCAGGCGAUCCAUGCAGCAGCGGAGAAACCUUUUAACUGCAAACAGUGCGGUAGAGGUUUUUCCUUUAAACGCAGUUUGGAUGCACACCAGCUGCUUCACACAGGAGAUCGACCACACACCUGUGGCGAUUGUGGUAAAGCUUUCACCCUAAAGCAGCUGCUCAAGAAUCACCAGAGACUCCAUGCAGGGUUGAGACCGUUCCGCUGCGACGAAUGUGGCAAGAGCUUUAACCGGGCCCACGGUCUCAAGAUGCACCAGAUCGUCCACACGGGAGAGAGGAAAUACAGCUGUGAGAUCUGCAAGAAGAGUUUCAGCAUUCCAGGAAAUCUCCACAGGCACAAGCGUAUACACACUGGCGAGAAACCGUUCCGUUGCGAUACGUGCGGGAAAAGCUUCAACCAGGCAGACACUCUGAAAGGACACCAGCGGAUCCACACAGGAGAGAGGCCAUUUACCUGUGAGACGUGUGGGAAGUGUUUCAUUCAAAGAAGUGCACUGAAAAUGCACCAAAGAACCCAUGCAGGAGAGAACGCCUUCCUCUGUGUGGUGUGUGGGACAGUACUGGCUUGCGUCAACUCUUUCAAAACACACCUUCAGGCUCACACAGCAGAGCUGCCUUGUAUUUGCUCAGUGUGCGGUAGUAGUCUCAGUUCACUCACUCACCUCAAAUCGCACCAGCAACUCCACACUAUGGAGAAGCCGCACAGCUGUGGCCUAUGCAACAAGAGCUUCAAGUCGGUCAGCUACCUGAACAUACACAUGAAAACUCACACUGGGGAGAGACCGUUCACCUGUGACGUGUGUGGAAGGAUGUUCACUCAACACAGCAGCCUGAAAACCCACCAGGCAGUCCAUACUGGGGAGAAACCUUUCAGCUGUGGAACGUGUGGGAAAUGUUUCAGCAACACUGGGAACCUCAACAGGCACCAGCGGAUACAUACUGGAGAGAAGCCUUUUAGCUGUGACCUCUGUGGGAGGAGCUUCAACCAGGGCAAUAGCCUCAAAGCCCACAAACAAAUCCACACAGGGGAGAAACUAUUCAUGUGCGACAAAUGCGGGAAGAGUUUUUCCUACCUGAGGAAUCUGAAAGAUCACAAGUGCUACUAUAUCUAAAACCAAUAGGCAUAGCCUCGUAUUGCGAUGGACCACACUUGGUUUGAACAAUUGUCUCGGCAUUAAAAAUGCAUUUAUAGGUCUACUAACAUAUGAAGUGUACCGAUUUAGAUUGGUUGCCAAAAAAGCCUUUUUCAAAGUUUUUAAAUUUGUAUAACCAGUUGCCUUUCUGGGGUAGACAUACUUUGAGUGGAUUGGCUGGUGGUCCAGUAACUGUUCAAUGAAGCAGAGCCUAAUUUAUUUGAGAAGGAUGUACAUCUGUAACCUUUCUUGUCUUGUGUACCUUUUAUUACUGUUGUUAUCUCAUAAUUUGUGUGCCAAUGGUAAAUAAAACUCCUGAAAUGA